GUAGUGAUGUAGUUGCCGUUCGUCUCGACAGCUGCACUCUUCGGCGAUGAGGUCUUCAGUUGCUGACUGUGGACACCGGUUGCUCGGGACGGAUUUGUUGUGGACCGAUCCAAUUAUACCGGGCUAUAUACAUAUGCAAGAGGGGUUGUAAUCGACGCCACUUACGUGUGUGUAGCAAGUACUUAGUGAAACUGAUAACAACGUACGAUGAUGGACAGUGUAACGGUUUCGGGGCUGUUUGUUCUAUUGACAAGUGUGUAGCAGGAAUCGCGGUUGAAUUGCAGGUACUCGGUCAUUUCGUGCCGUGGACAGACAGUGCGUGAUUGGUGGUUGACCUGCUGUCGCGGUUCAGUGGAGAAGUGUGUUGAUAGUGUGGUAAUCAGUUCCAGCUUAGUAGUGCAACGAAAUGAUAAUCCACCGAGCGAUUCUUAUCAUAUGCUUGUAUCUUACUGCAAAUAUUUGAAGAAAAAUUUCUAGUCUCCGGGCCAGCCGGGCAAGCAUGAAAACCGGACAGUGAACAUCGAAAACAUUUCGCAAGCGAACGCAGAAUUCGCCGAAUCAUUUUUUUCUGCUGUGCUUCGUUUUGAUCGUGCCACAUUUCGCUUCGCUUUGGGAACUGGAAGUUCGGGUCCGGUCCGGUCAUACCGCAUACCUUCCUGCCUACGUAGAACGGCGAAAACGAAACGCCAACACACAACAAACAACUUCCCACCGCGCGCGUUUCUCUCCCUCAGCUAUUUUUCUCGAUAGCUUCUUGUCAGUGCAGUGGUAAUCGACGCGCUAGCGCUCCUUCCUAUCUCCUAGCGUUCGGGCCAUAUAGCGGCGACUUGAUGCCCCAGCUACUUAGCGUAGAGGUGUACAAUCAGUGCAGUACUUAAGCCGUACACGAUGAUGUGGGGUGGCUCUUUGAAAGGAUAAUCUGUAGCCUCCAUUCUGAUCUAAAGAUGGCUGAUUGGGCCCUUCCUUAGUAAUCUUGCAUUUUGACGGCGUUUUACGCUCCUAGAAGCAGGAAGAGAAAAAAAAGAACGCAAAGAAAAAUCAUAUCGCCCCACAAGGAGCGCAGCGCCAAAGAUAAGAAUGAGUGAGGAACGAAGAAAAAAUCGCCGAAUGAAAAAUGAUAACGCGAGUGAGGCAGGCGAAAAAUAACAAUUAUUAUUCAUACAUGGAAAUGAACAAUUUGAGCGACCGACAGUAAGCACUUGCCAGCGGUCGAUGUAAUGUGUACAACAGCAGCAGUGGCAGCUUCGUUGGUCGACAGCCAAGUGGACAGACAGUUGUGUUUAGUUAGGCUUAUUCUAAGAAGCGGAAGUAGCAAACCGUGCAGUGAUAUCAAGCAACGACAACAACAACAACGUGAACAUUUUCACUUUCGGCGAGUGUCAGCUGAACAGAUAGAAGAGAACUCUUCGCCAUACGCCGCCGUUCAUGACAACCACCGUCGUCGUAGCGUCUUUCGGUAACGGCUCGAAAAAUAAUGAAUGGGAUCGCCUAUCUGUACGGAGCGUUCCUGUUACUACUGAGUCAGCUCGAACUGUCGCGACAGUACCCUCAGAGCAAUUCCGUUACUGACACGGACAGGAACGACGUCCCGCGGUCCGGUCCUCUAGAUGACAGCUACGUCGUAGGUGUGAUCGAGUUCCGACCGGAACUACUUAACAUGGAAAUCCGCCAAAGAACAGAGCUGCACUUAGCGGCAUAUGAAGAAUUAGUGCAAUCCGAGAACGCAACGUUGGUCGACAUCAUCGUGUUUUCGGAGCUUACACUCAAUACGCUUUCGGAUCCAGUGUACGUCCCAGAUCCGCAGGAACAUUCCGUACCAUGCCAGGAAGGCGCACUGGAUGUGCUGUCACGACUUUCCUGCUUGGCAGCCAAGGUGGGCAAAUAUAUUGUGAUUAACCUGUCCGAGAUCUUCGACUGUGAGCCUGCCACCGAGGAUGAUCCAAGACCGUGCGGCCCGCAUGGUUUUCACCGGUAUAACACGGACGUCGUGUUUGACCGUAACGGAGCUGUGAUAGCGCGAUACCGCAAGUUUAACCUAUUCCGAGAGCCAGGGACCAACAUAACCCAUCUCCCGGAGCUGACAACGUUCGAGACUGAUUUUGGAGUGACUUUCGGACUGUUUACCUGUUUCGAUUUGCUGUUUGCUCAACCACCACUGGAAUUGGUCAAACGCGAUGUGAAAAACUUUAUUUUCCCAGCCAUGUGGAUUUCAGAGACCCCAUUUCUCACCGCUACGCAGAUCUUCGAGAGUUGGGCAUACGCGAAUAAUGUUAACUUGAUUGCAUCCGGAACGAACUACGAUCCGGCCGGUAGUACUGGUACGGGUGUGUUCAAUGGUCGCAACGGAGCUGUGUUUUCAUUUAUGACGGGGGAACCCACGAGACAACUGUUCGCCGUUCGCGUACCGAAGAUCAGUGACAGCCUCAGCCCCAAGCUCAUAACAUCAUCCGAUGAUUGUCUCGCGUUGCCUUGCGUUACUUCCGGUAGGAAACAUGGCAAACUUCUGGAAAACAUUCGCAUGGGGCAAGAUGUGUUGGAGCAAUACACAACGAUGCAAAUCAAUCCGCAGCAAUACCAUGACGAAAUAGGACAAAUUAUUUGUAAUGGCGACUUCUGUUGUGAUUUUAGCCUGACCCUGACGGUUGUCCCCGACAGAGACAUCACGCAUCACUAUCGGUUUGCUGUCUUCGAUGGGGUUCGAUCGUUUCAGGGCUACGCCUUUGCGCAUAUCUCUACUUGUGGCAUCUUUGCAUGCCGCAAUGAAUCAAUCACGAGCUGUGGACUUCCCAUGCACGAAAAUUCCAACUAUCUGGAGUUUAACGAGAUAAGGAUUUCAGGAAAAUUUAUUGCAAACGGAACUCUGGUUAUGCCCAACUCGCUUGAUGACAUGCUGCACUCAUUGGACGCCGAUCAAUAUCAGUUUUAUUCAAGCGUCAACUACUCAACCAAUCAACAAGACGUGCAACUGAUGCUCUACAGCACGGUGGCUAACCUUCAAACGUUCGCUAUCUACGCAUUUAAUCAUAAAAACUUUGAGUUUUUCAACCCAAUCGAACCACCAGCGGCGGAAACUACAACCGAAAGCCCUUACACUGGAACGGAUGAUGAAAACGAAAAUGGUGGAGCUCAGCUUACUAUCAGCGAACCUAAAACGCUUCUGCUAGUGCUGCUGGUCAGCUUGGUUGUGCUGAGAUUCAGACUUGGUACAACGUUACAACAAUUAGAGCGAUAGUUCAGUAUUUGUUUAAAAAACACUCAGAGUGUUUCUGAUGUAAAUAUUGUAAAGUUAGCUAGAACUUUGCGUGGGAUUUUUACAUUGCAUGCCAAAUUAUUAUAUUUAUAUUAAAUAAUUCGAAAGCGAUUCGCAUCUACUUGGUAUUAUUUGGCGAACUGUAAACAACUAGUUACCAAUGUUAAGGCGUUUAUUUCAAGCGAAAUAAAGAAGCAAUACAUAGUUGAAAGUUGAA